AUGGGAGCAUGGAAUACUGCGCCACCUGAGCCCCGCACCCGUCGAGGAAACUGGCCGACGCUCCUCUUCAGCUGGUGGUGUACCAUCUUUGCUGCUGUAAUCAUCCUCACGCGCCUGGCCGGCAGGAAGAUUCGCAGUGGUCGCCUCUUCCAGGAGGACAAAGUCAUGGCCCUGAGUCUGAUCCCGCUGUUUGCGCGUAUGGGCCUGGUUCAUGUCAUUCUUUUAUACGGCACCAACAAUGUGCAGACUGCAAAUCUUACUCCUCACGAGAUUCACAUGCGUCAAAUAGGUUCCAAACUGGUCCUCGCAUCACGCAUCACAUAUGCUAUGUUCAUCUGGAUCAGCAAGUUCACUGUCUCCGAGUUUCUCAAGCGCAUCACCAGUGCCAUCUGGAGACGCAGCUACGAGAUUGUCCUUCAUGGUAUUCGCGUCUUUCUGGUUGCAACCUUUAUCGCCGUAGUCAUAGCCACUCUUUCCGAAUGCCAACCCUUCGAUCAUUACUGGCAAGUCGUGCCAGACCCUGGCCCUGCAUGCAGACAGGGCUAUGCUCAGCUCAUUACUAUGGGUACUGCAGACAUCAUUACCGACAUCCUCCUCGUCGCCUUCCCAAUCCCAAUCGUCCUACGCUCGCAGAUUCGCCUGAAGCGCAAACUCUCCCUCGUCUUUCUUUUCAGCUUCUCUGUCGCCCUUAUCGUCAUUACCGGCUUGCGCAUUCCCUAUGUCAUCCUCCAUCAUGGACGUCAACAAUACCGCACUGUCUGGGCAUCCAUUGAAAUCCUCGCUUCUGCUGCCGUCUCCAAUGCCAUCAUUCUAGGCACCUUUGUCAAAGACCGAGGUGUGAAAAAGAACAAAUAUAGGCCCGACGCUACUUUGGAUACGAUAACCCGCGCCGACACUCGUCGCGCCACCAUCGCAUCCUUCCAUCGUGACAGCGAGGAAGCUCUUUUUAGGGAGAUGGGCGUUCGCAUGCCUGAGGAGCUAGCUUCUCCCAAAUCUCCUCAGGUCAGACCUGCUCCGGUUGCUCGCAUCUCGUCAAACUCAAAAACAGCUCACAAUACCGAGUAUCUUAUGUCGCCCGCCGAUAUCAGUGAUAGUCCACCAAGCCCACACGACAGUGCAGAUGCUUUGCGCAAAAUUUCCGACACAGCACCCUCGACAGCUACAGGGCAAAGUGUUUCUUUCUUCGACGUCGGUGGACUGCUUGGUGACAGCAAAAAUCGACAAGGCUCCUCCGGUACUAUAACCCAGGACUUUGCUGACCAAGGUUCUCGUCCCUAUGGCGCAUCCAGACCGACCCAAGACAUACUUUCGGAUCUCGGCGGUAUGUUAUCCUUAACAAGAAGCCGAUCUCAUCGGACUCCCACAAACCGAGACCGAUCACGAUCGCGUCCGACACAUAGCAGAGAUGGUACUUCUCCGCGACCACUCUCGCAAACACACCGUCCACAAGAAGAUAGUAAUUCCUUAAGUCUGCAAGAUAUUGGUGGUCUGCUUGGAGGCAGUUUACAAGGCCAGAACAGACCUGCCCAGCAAGAGCCCAUAUCGCCCACUACUCGAGCACCGCCAUCGAGUAUACCGCCAGAUUCUCAAGCGCCUCGAAUAGCGGGACCUCCAGUCGCCCGACGAAGAACUUCGAGCGACAAUCUCUGCCUACAAGACGUAGGCGGCUUGUUGAAAUAG